AUGGUGUACGGGCAAACGGCUGCCGAACUUUCUAAGGAUGAAGCAAUCAAGAAGACCAUAGUGAGCAAAGGCGGGGAUAUCAUCGACUGCGUCGACAUCUACAAGCAGCCAGCUUUCAAUAGUCCUUUACUCAAAGAUCAUAAGAUUCAGAUGAGACCCACGGUAUCGGCGAGAGAGAUAUUUGGCAGCAAAUCAAACGCAUCGUCUCCGCCGCCGCCCGAAUUGCAACAGGAGUGGCAACAGAGCGGAAGCUGUCCCGAAGGAACGAUUCCAAUUCUACGGAAUACUCGUCGUGAGAACGCGACGGCGGCAGCGAACUUCGCCUUCCAUCCAUUCCCUAAUGGUAGCUUGCGAGUCGAGGACGGCAGUCCAGGACCCCAUUACGCUUAUGCUGUGGCGACCUGCACGAGAGCUCCAUACCAUGGCAUAGCUGCAGAUAUCUACGUUUGGGAUGUUUUUGCGGAGCCGGACGGUUACUCCGCCAAUUACAUCGCAAUUGGAGGAAGCGGCGACAGGCACCAUGAACCGCCGACCGGUCAGUAUCCUACUGAUCUGCCAUAUGAAAUAGUAGCCGGUUGGACGGCAUAUCCUGGUCGUUUCGGAGAUACAUUACCUAGACUAUUCGUGUACUGGACCAACGACGGUGGCGCGAGCACGCGGUGCUACAACCUGGACUGCAGCCCAGGGUUCGUCCAAACCAACAACAAGGUGGCUCUCGGCUCUUACCUCACCCCACCAUCCACACCGGGUGGUACACAGACAUUUGUACCGGUCACCAUCCAUAUCGAUAAUGUAGAAGAGAAAUGGUGGGUAUCAUUCGCUUUAGAAGAGAUAGGUUACAUCCCUGCAUUCAACUUCCCGAUGUUCUACGAGGGUCUUGCAAACGUAUUCGGCGGGCUGGUUGCAUUCACCUCGUCCGAAUUCACGUCGACGCAGAUGGGGAGCGGUUAUCUCCCGUCGGCCGGCAUCGGGUACACGGGCCUGAUUGGAAACUACUUCGCGAUCAACAGCAACGGCGUCAGAGCGCAGGAUCCGCCCUUGGGCAAGAUAGUCACACAGCCCAGCUGCUACGACUAUGGCGACAUUGGGUACCUGCCGGCUCCGGGAGCUGGAUAUUAUAUAGCUUAUGGGGGACCUGGCGGCGAAUAUUGUGACGGAACUUCACCAUGA